UGUUGUCUAUCUCAUGACAGUUUGAAACGCGGUAGUGAAUGCUGCGUGUUCAGUCGUACAGAAACGUUAGUUUUGUGGAUUUUGCCCUGUGUAUAUCAUUAAUUUAUUACAUCUAAUGACGCAACUCUGUGGUUCAAGGAUUCUUGUGUUAUUCAAUAACCAGUCCUUCAUUUUGCACACAUUCUCUCAUUCUCUCUUCAACUCUCACUGGACUCAUCUUAGGGGUAGGAUUUGAAGGAUAUAAUGGAUCUGAAAGAGUACUUAAAAAGGAUUGGGUUUACUGGCCAAUAUGACAAAGCCAACCUGGACAGUUUGUUCACCAUCCACAAGCUGCAUGUUAUGAAUAUUCCAUUUGAGAACCUCAGCAUCCACUGUGGGGAGAAGAACACUAUGGAUCUGCACACCAUCUAUGAUAAAAUAGUCAAGAGCAAUCGGGGAGGCUGGUGUUGUGAAAACAAUCUCUUGUUCUCAUGGGUUCUAAGGGAGAUGGGGUACAAAUUCACCAUACUAGGCGCCAAAGUGUUUAACCCGCUGGAAAAGGAGUACCUCCCCAUGGACUGUCAUCUCAUCAAUCUGGUGGAGAUUGAUGGGAAGCCGUACAUUGCUGAUGUGAGCUUCGGAGUGUCGUACCAAAUCUGGCAUCCCUUAGAGUUGAUCUCAGGUAAAGACCAGCCACAGCCUUCGGGUGUGUUCCGCCUCAUAAACGAUGGGGUGAAGUGGGUUCUGGAGAAGACCGGAAGGAAGCAAGUGGUUCAAGAUAAGGCCUUUGCUAAUUCUAGCCUCAUUGACAAAAGGCUCACCAAAACAAUGUACUCUUUCACAUUAACACCCCGUGAUGCCGAUCAUUUCCUGGAGACAUCGGAGUACCUGCAGACUAAUCCAGAAUCUCUGUUCAUGCUCAAAUCCAUUUGCUCCCUUCAGAUGCCCACAGGUUUCAGAGCUCUGAUUGGUUGGACUUACAGUGAGGUCACAUUCAAAGAGGAUACAGACUCGGUGGACAUGAAAGAAAUCCCAGAUAGUGAAAUAGAGGCUUUACUGAGGGAAAAGUUUAACCUGGUGUUAGUUAAUAAAUUCACACCAAAAAACAACAAAGUUAGUUAUUGCAUCUAGUACUCAGCUAAUCCACUCAUCUAAAACUUUAGCACCCAGUGUGUUUUGUUUUAAUAUUAAGAUGAAAAUUGUACCUGAAGGGUUCCUGAAUCAUUUAUGUUGUUUCUUUCUCUCUUUCAUUACUUUGUCAGGACAAUUUGAAGCAAUAAUUUUCCACUGCAUUUUCUUUGUUGGUUUUUUACUGGUAAGAUGAAUUCAGACUAAGCAUUGAGAAGGACACACACAACUAACAAUAUUCAAUAAACUCUGCUAAUUUCCUAA